UGAGCGGUGCGGCUUCACAGGAGCGUUGUCAUGUGAAAAGCCGCAUUUGCAGUAUUACUCCUUACAGGCUGACCAAAAAACAGAGAGAGAAAAGCCCAAGAAAGCGCCUUAUUUCGCCUCCCCUUUCCCCUCCUGUUUCCCAGUUUGGACUAGCAGACCCAAGGGAGAGUGCCAUGUCCAAGCCGGCGGCGGGCGGUGCAAAUGAUGUCACCCGCUUCCUUUCCAUGGAGGCGGGACCAAGCUCGCCCACCUCUGUAUUCUCUGCCUCCAGCCAAGCUGAUUGGGCGGCUAAGAGGCUCGUCUGGGUUCCGUCUGAGAAACAUGGCUUUGAGUCUGCGAGUGUGCGUGAGGAGCGAGGGGAUGAGGUGGAGGUGGAGCUUACAGACAGCGGGCGGAAGCUGACAUUAUUGCGGGAGGAGCUUCAGCGAAUGAACCCGCCCCGUUUCAGUAAAGUGGAGGACAUGGCUGACCUCACCUGCCUUAAUGAGGCCUCUGUCCUGCACAACCUGAGAGAACGCUACUACUCAGGACUCAUAUAUACAUACUCUGGCCUCUUUUGUGUAGUCGUAAACCCCUACAAGAAUCUGCCCAUCUACACAGAGUCCAUUGUGGAGAUGUAUCGUGGCAAAAAACGUCAUGAAAUGCCACCACACAUCUAUGCUAUAUCAGAAGCAGCCUACCGGAGCAUGCUUCAAGACAGAGAAGAUCAAUCCAUCCUUUGCACGGGGGAGUCUGGAGCGGGGAAGACAGAGAAUACUAAGAAAGUGAUUCAGUAUCUGGCACAUGUGGCAUCAUCUCAUAAAAGUGGAACUCUGGGCCGCAGCAAAGACAGCGGCCUCCAGAUGGAUGGCACACGUUCUCUGGGUCGUGGCAGUAGUACUGUAAACAGGGGGGAGCUAGAGAGACAGCUUCUGCAGGCCAACCCUAUCCUAGAGGCCUUUGGCAAUGCAAAGACCGUCAAAAAUGACAACUCCUCCAGAUUUGGCAAAUUUAUCCGUAUCAAUUUUGAUGUGACCGGCUAUAUAGUCGGUGCCAACAUUGAGACCUACCUGUUAGAGAAGUCUCGAGCCAUCCGUCAGGCCAAAGAUGAGAGAACCUUCCAUGUCUUCUACCAGUUACUCUGUGGAGCCUCUGAGGCCAUGAAAGCCGAGCUGCUCCUGGGCAGUGCAGAUCAGUACCGCUUUCUAUGUGGGGGUUCAGUUCCUGUUCCAGGUCAGAGUGAUGCAGAGAACUUCACUCAGACAAUGGACUCCAUGAGUAUCAUGGGUUUCACUCAAGAGGAGUCCACAUCCAUGUUGAAGGUGAUCUCUGCUGUGCUGCAGUUUGGGAACAUUUCCUUUCAGAAGGAGAAGAAUUCAGACCAGGCCUCUAUGCCUGAUGACACAGCUGCACAGAAACUCUGCCACCUGCUGGGCAUCAAUGUGCUGGAGUUCAGUCGAGCCAUACUCACUCCUCGCAUCAAAGUGGGCCGCGAGUAUGUGCAGAAAGCCCAGACCAAGGAGCAGGCAGACUUCGCAGUGGAGGCUCUGGCAAAGGCCACCUAUGAGCGCCUGUUCCGCUGGCUUGUGCACCGCAUCAAUCGAGCACUGGACCGCAGACAGAGGCAAGGAGCUUCCUUCAUCGGCAUCCUGGACAUCGCCGGCUUUGAGAUAUUCCAACUGAACUCCUUUGAGCAGUUGUGUAUAAACUACACUAAUGAAAAGCUGCAGCAGCUUUUUAACCACACCAUGUUUGUGCUGGAGCAAGAGGAGUACCAGCGUGAGGGCAUUGAGUGGAACUUCAUCGACUUUGGCCUGGACCUGCAGCCCUGCAUUGACCUCAUCGAGAGACCGGCGCAUCCCCCUGGUGUGUUGGCACUGUUGGAUGAAGAGUGUUGGUUUCCACGGGCAACAGAUCGAUCAUUUGUGGACAAACUGUCUGCUGAGCAAGGCACCCAUCCCAAAUUCUACCGGCCACGGCAGCUCCGUGAAGAGGCUGAUUUCUCCAUCAUACAUUACGCUGGGAAGGUGGAUUAUAAGGCAGAUGAGUGGUUGGUGAAGAACAUGGAUCCUCUGAAUGAUAAUGUAGCAUCUCUUUUACACCAGUCAUCUGACCAUUUCAUAUCAGAGCUCUGGAGAGAGGAUAUUCAGACUCUUCCUCGUGUCUACUUUUUUGACUCCUAUGCCACACUGCAGACCAAUGGCUCUGACAGCAUGGAGAGGAUUGUGGGAUUAGACCAAGUGGCGUCUGGUGGGCUGGCUGAGGGCAGCGGACCAGUGACGUUUGGAGCAGCAGGGCUGAAGACAAAAAAAGGAAUGUUCCGGACAGUUGGACAGCUGUACAAAGAGUCAUUGACCAAACUGAUGGCCACACUACGGAACACCAACCCCAACUUCCUGCGUUGCAUCAUCCCCAACCAUGAGAAGAGGGCCGGGAAGUUGACUCCUCAUUUGGUUUUGGAUCAGCUAAGGUGUAAUGGAGUUCUAGAGGGAAUCAGAAUCUGCAGGCAGGGUUUCCCCAACCGCAUCCCCUUCCAGGAGUUCAGACAAAGGUAUGAGAUUCUGACCCCAAAUGCCAUACCUCGCACCUUCAUGGAUGGGAAGCAGGCCUGUGAGCUCAUGAUCAAUGCUCUGGAGCUGGAUCGGAACCUGUUUCGGGUGGGGCAGAGUAAAGUGUUUUUCCGCGCUGGAGUGUUGGCACACUUGGAAGAGGAGAGAGACUUGAAGAUCACAGACACCAUCAUUCACUUCCAAAGUGCUGCCCGCGGAUAUCUCGCCAGGAGGGCAUUUCUGAAGAAGCAGCAGCAGCUAAGCGCACUGCGGGUUAUGCAGAGAAACUGUGCUGCUUACCUGAAGCUACGCAACUGGCAGUGGUGGAGGCUCUUCACCAAGGUGAAGCCGCUGCUCCAGGUGACCCGCCAGGAUGAGGAAAUUCAAGCUCGAGAGGCGGAGCUUCAGAAAGCCAAAGACAAGCUGAGCAAAGUGGAGCAUGAGUAUACUGAACUGGAGAGAAAACAUCAACAGCUGCUGGAAGAGAAGGCUGUACUUACAGACCAGCUACAGGCAGAGGCUGAGUUAUUUGCUGAAGCGGAGGAGAUGAGAGCACGGUUAGCCAGUCGCAAGCAGGAGCUGGAGGAGGUGCUGGGGGAGCUUGAGGGCCGAUUGGAGGAAGAAGAAGAGAGGGGUGUACAGUUAGCCAAUGAGAAGAAGCGAAUGCAGCAGCAUGUACAAGAUUUAGAAGAGCAAUUGGAGGAGGAAGAGGGGGCGCGGCAGAGGCUCCUGCUGGAGAAGGUUACCCUGGAAACCAAAGUGAAGAGUCUGGAGACGGAAACCCUGACUGCAGGAGAGCAGAGAGACAGACUGAGCAAGGAGAAGAAGCAGUUGGAGGACAGGUUGAAUGAGGUGACAGACCAGCUGACUGAGGAAGAGGAGAAAGUGAAGAGCCUCAACAAGCUCAAGAACAAACAGGAAGCUGUCAUUGCUGACCUGGAAGAGCGUCUGAAGCGAGAGGAACAGGGCCGUCUGGAGCAGGAGAAAUGGAAGAGGCGCAUGGAGAGUGAAGCAGCAGAGGCCCAGGAGCAGCUAACUGAUUUGGGUCUGCUUGUCACAGAGCUCCGCAGCACCUUGUCCAACAGAGAGAAAGAGAUCACUACACUACAGACACGGAUGGAGGAGGAAGGCGCUCGACGUGCGGAGGCCCAGCGGGCUCUGAGGGAAGCCAUGUCUCAGGUAUCUGAGCUGAAGGAAGAGGUAGAGAAUGAACGAGGGAUGAGAGAGAGGGCAGAGAAGCAGAGGAGGGAUCUUGGUGAGGAGUUAGAAGCCCUCAGAACUGAACUAGAGGACACACUGGACACCACAGCUGCCCAGCAAGAGCUCAGGUCUCGGCGUGAGGCUGAGCUGGGAGAGCUCCAGAGACUGGUUGAGGAAGACACUCGGCGCCAUGAAGCCCAGCUCUCGGAGCUCCGAGUGAAGCACAGUGCUGCUAUUGAGUCCCUACAGGAGCAACUAGACAAUGCUAAGAGAUCUCGUCAGUCUCUGGAGAAAGCGAAGGCCAUGCUGGAGGAGGAACGUGUGAACCUGACGGCUGAGCUGAAGGCCCUGCAGGGGGGAAAGAUGGAGAGUGAGAGAGGCAGAAAGAGAGCGGAAGGACAGCUCCAAGAACUGACUGCCCGCCUAGCCCAGGCUGAGAGAGAGAGGGAGGAGAGGGAGGAUAGGCUUCAUAAACUUCAGUUAGAGAUAGAGUCUCUAUCCAGUUCUCUGUCCUCAUCUGACACCAAAUCUCUUCGUUUGAGCAAAGAGGUCAGCAGCCUGGAGAGUCAGCUACAUGAUGCGCAGGAGCUCCUGCAGGAUGAGACACGUCAGAAGCUGGCGCUGGGCUCCCGUGUUCGGGCUCUGGAGGAGGAGAAAGCAGCUCUGAUGGAGAGGCUGGAGGAGGAGCAGGAAAAGACCAGGGAGCUCACACGCCAGAUCCAAACUUACACACAACAGCUUGCCGACCUAAAGAGGCAGUCUGAAGAAGUGAAUGCAGCAGUGGAAGCAGGAGAGGAGAGCAGGAGGAAGCUGCAAAGGGAGCUGGAAAAUGCCACGCAAAGAGAGAGAGCCAAAGAGGAGGAGAAAGAGCGAGUGGAACGACAGAAGGAGCGUCUGAGAGAGGAGAUAGAGGACAUGACCAUCGCCUUGCAGAGGGAGAGGCAGAACUGCACCACUCUAGAGAAGAGACAGAAGAAAUUUGAUCAGUGCCUGGCGGAGGAGAAGGCAGUGAGUGCCCGGCUGGCUGAAGAGCGUGACCGAGCGGAGGCUGAGAGCCGUGAGAAGGAGACUCGCUUCCUUGCACUGUCUAGAGAGUUACAAGAAGCAUCUGAGCAGCGUGACGAGCUGGAGAGAACCAAUAAGCAGCUUCGCCUCGACAUGGAGCAGCUUGUCAAUGCUCAAGACGAUGUGGGAAAAAACGUGCAUGAGUUGGAACGUUCUCGGAGGGCUCUGGAAGUGGAGGUGCAGUCUCUGCGGGAGCAGACACAGGAGCUGGAGGAGGAGCUGGGUGAGGCUGAAAACUCGCGGCUCAGACUGGAGGUCACGCUGCAGGCACUCCGUGCCCAGUUUGAGCGUGAAAUAAGCGCAAAGGAGGAAAAAGGAGAGGAAAAGAGGAGGGCCCUCAACAAACAGGUGCGUGAGCUGGAAGCUCUGUUAGAAGAAGAGAAGACUCAAAGAGCUCAAGCACUCUCCGUCAAGAAGCAGAUGGAGGUGGAACUCCAGGAGGCAGAGUCUCAGGUGGAAGCAGCCACACGUGGCAGAGAGGAGGCACUCAGGCAGCUGAAACGACUCCAGGCUCAGAUGAAGGAGGUGUUGCGAGAGUUGGACGAGACCAAGAUGGCUCGAGAUGAAGUCGUUGCCCAAUCAAAGGACAGCGAGAAGCGCCUGCAGACUCUGGAAGCAGAACUACUGCAGCUGACAGAGGAGCUGGCUGUUUCAGAGAGGUCGAGAAGGCAGGCUCAGCAGGAGCGAGAUGAGAUGGCUGAAGAAAUUCUUAACACCAACAGCGGGAAGUCAGCUCUAUGUGAUGAAAAGAGGCGUCUGGAGGCCAGGAUCAGUCAGCUGGAGGAGGAGCUGGAAGAGGAACAGAGCAAUGCUGAGAUGUUGGCUGAGAGGCAGAGGAAGACCACACUGCAGGUGGAGACUCUGACUGUGCAACUGGCCGGGGAGAGGACGUUGGCUCAGAAGAGCGAGGGGGCAAGGGAGAGCCUCGAGAGGCAGAACAAGGAAUUGAAGACAAGGCUAACUGAGCUAGAAGGAGCUGUCAGGGGAAAACACCGACUAAGUGUUGCUGCCCUGGAGUCCAAAAUCGAAGCCAUGGAGGAGCAGCUGGAACAAGAGAGACAGGAACGUGCAAUGGCCAAUAAACUGGUGCGGAAAACAGAGAAGAAACUGAAGGAGGUGGUGUUGCAGGUGGAGGAUGAGAGGAGGCACGCAGACCAGUACAGAGAGCAGCUGGACAAGUCGAUGGGGCGUCUGCGGCAGCUGAAGAGGCAGCUGGAGGAGGUGGAGGAAGAGAACUCGCGCACAAACGCCCAGCGCAGGAAACUACAGCGUGAGCUUGAGGAAAUGGGCGACAGCAUGCAGAGCAUGACCCGCGAACUAAACGCUCUGCGCUCCCAACUCAGCUGCACAGAUCGACCCAGAGCCGACAAGCGUGCUCCUCUUCCUCUCUCAGUACGUGGAGGUCGGAGGGCUUUAGUGGAUGACCUCUCUCAGGAGAACUCUGACUCUGAGGAGCCUCCCGCCUCCCCUACUCCCUCGAGCGGCCUUCCAGGCACCCCUGUGCCCUCUGACAACGCCCUGGGGCCACCUCCCCCCUACAGCCUGGCGGACACUGAGUAACUAAUAAAGAGAACGCUGGGCGACCAGGCGGAGGACGGAGAAAGGGAUAGGACUAAUCAGUUACCUAACACAGCACUGCAGUCAGAAAACCCACACUGAGUAUACCUCUGCAGCCAAGACUGAAAUAACUAAAUGAAAAUGUAUAUCAGCUGGAGAUAUAAUGCAAAUAAUGCUGGUACACAAACAGCACUAUUGAAAUCAGUCCUAUAUUGAGAUAUUGAAAAAGGACAAGAGUUGAUUUCCUGAAGUGGAAAAGAAACUACUUUUUCCAAUAUUCUGAGGGAAAUACCAUUAAUGUAUAUUAGAACAGCCACAUAUCAGUGCAAUGUAUAUCAGGCUUAAUGUGGCAAAGUUAAGAUGGCUGCAUCAACCCUAAGCGCUCUUUCAAUCAAUCAUAAGCCAUGUGUUUAAGGGCAGUCUGCAUGUUUAUGAUGGCAAUCAGGUAGAAAAUCAUGGUUAGACGUUCUUCAGCGAGUUAGCUGUGCUUGCAUGAAUGAUUCAGCUGCUGAUCAGUAUUAAUCUCAGAAGGCUUUCUCUCUCUCACUUUAGGUGAAAAUGAUUUCAGCAAUUGGGAAUUGAAAAUUUGAAGGAAUUUAACCUUUUUCAGAGUAUUUGUCUUUGAAUAUUUAGGGGUAGCAGUGUCAAAUGAAUUUUUUAACAUGGUUUGGUAUCACCAAUUUUACACAUUUUGAACAUCAACUAGAAAGUGAGAGAGAAAAAAAUGAUCUACUGUGAUAAAUCUGCCAAUAUGAGCCAGCUUUUACACUUUUGGCAUAAACAGAGGGAAAAUAAGACGGUAGGGCAGAAUUUGCAAGCCAACAGAAAAAUAAGUAAAAAAAAAGAAAAACCUAAACUUGUAGGACAAAAAAUACAAAAAUGAUACAUUAGAAGAUAAAUAAAUAAGAAGUUGAAAAUAUUUGCUUUUCAUGUACAUAACAGUAAUAAUUCAGUGGUAUUUCACACUGGCUCAUUAGUGAUAUCUUUUGUGGGGUGAGAUCCCCAAAAACAUUGUGCAAGGUCAUUAUAGGAUCAGUCAAGUGUUUCCCAAACUGCUAAUAUCAAGUAACAGUAGACAGUUAUCAUCAUAGGUAAGAUGCAACAUUUUGGGGAAGCUGGGCCUUGUUCAAUUUCCUGUUACAUCCAGGGUACCUUAGAUACUGCCCCUGCCCUUUUAGAUCAGUGGUUCAUUCUAAGGCAAGUUCAUUUGUUACGUAGACUGUGAAUAGUUAGACAGUGAGGAUUUCUUCUUCUUACAUCUUUUCAUUUCACUACCAGUUUCAGACACCUUAAUUGUAGUGCUUAUCAAGCUAAAAUAUUCUCAUUAUUCAUGUUAUUUAUUUGUAUUUUGAAUUAUUUUCUUGUCUUAUAAGAAUAUGUCAUGGUUGUUGCCUAUACUUUGCAGUUUAACAAAGGGCCAAGACACGUUACUGAUAUCAUGAGGAAGAACACUAUAUGUACAAUUUCUCUAAAGACACAGUGAAACUAGAAUUCUAGAAAAGUGAGAGUCAUGUGUUAAAAAACAUAUUACACUAAUAGUAAUGGCCAAGACAAUGAACAACUCAGAGAGGAGACAGACUGGUGUGCUGUGGCUCAUCUGUCAAAGAGAGAUUUUUUAGUCUUGUUACAGAGCUAAACGGUAUGGUUAUAUCAUGUCACUAAGCGAUCUCAUUGUUGGAAGCACAUCACUGACUUUGUAUCGAUCUAAAUUACAUUUAAGAUGUUUCUUUUUUACUCUGUCUGUGUAAAAUACUCAUGGAACAAAGCUUUUAUGUUUUACCAAAUCUAUGGCGAAUGGAUGAACAAAGGGAUAUCAACUAAGGCAGUUCCACAGUAGAUAGUAGUACAACCCUGUAGUUUAGGCUUGUAGUGAUGCUGUACAUAAUUUCAACACAUCUUCCCAGCCAACACCCAGAACUUUCCCAGAAUUCCCCUUCAUCCUAGCUGUUUUUGCACACAUGAUGAGCUAGUGAGCUUUAGAUCACAGUAGGAUAGAAUCUGUUGUAGCUGAUUGGUUAAAAGGAGGGUUGAAGUUUUUCCUUGGUUAAGAGAGCCUUAUGAAUUGUUUUUACUGAUUAUUUCUAUGCGGUUUAAUGUAACCACAAUUGCAGUAAACCACACAGAACCGUCUGUAAAACUCCUCUAAUGAAUGUGUUCCUUUAUGAGGUUUGAUGAAUUCAUUCCUGUGUUUUCAGGCUAAAAUAAGGCCUUUCCCUUAAUGACAUCUCUAUUCUAUUCACCUCAAAUAAAAAAGCUGCUCUUUUCUUGUAUUUUAUCUAUGUUGCUAGUUCCAUUUUAGACAUUUCUCAUUACGUCUUUCCUUAACAGAGUCCCAGGUAAUAUAGAAAGAAUGACACUGUACUGUUUUACAGACUAUACUUGUGAAAUGUACUGAAAGGUACCUUAAUGGUCAGGCACUGAUCAAAAUCAGAAAGUGGUAGUUUUUGAAUUAGGACCAAAAAAAUCACUACAAUCUCGCACCUUCAGUUCAUUAGACAUAUGCUGUAGGAAAUUAGAUCUGGUAAGGUUUGCUUCUUUGACUACCUGCUUUGUGUUAUUUGCUAAUGCUACUUCUUUGUGCAAUAACAAAGUUCCUUAGAUCCACUGGUGCUCUGAAGGCUGGUGAAUUAGGCUUGGCCUUGUUUACCAGCAUUAUUUAUUGUUCAGUACCCAAACUGGCAAUUAUUCUCAGCUGACACUGUAUAAGAUACAUUGUCUCCAGUAAUAUGGGAGAAUAUUUUGACUGAUAUUACUCUCAUGAUUAAAUAUUGGUAUACAUUAGCCAUGUGCUAAAACACUAUUCUCUUGUUUGUUUUGUACAAGGGAUUUUUAAACUUUAUUCUGAUAUAAUAACAUUUUUGCCCAUUCCGAUUACAAUUAAAAGGAGAAACUGCACUCAUGAUUAAUAUGCUUUGAAAAUAUUCUUCAAUUUUAAGAAAUUGGAUUUAUGGAGGGCUACAUGUAACAUUCUCCUGUACUUAAGUAAUUUUAAUACAAAAAACACUACUGAUUUCAAAUUUCCAGUGAAUUAAAUGUAUGGCUCUCGUUUUGCACAAAUCGUUUUUAAUAUUUGUUUUAUGUUGUUUUAUAACUCUAGACUUCAGUCAAAAGAGACAGGUGGUUUCAUCUAAGCUGCUCUUUGACUGUAAAGUAUUGAAUGUGUGAUAAGAUUAGUGAUGGACAGAGAGAAUGAAGAAUGCCUCUUGUAUUUAUUGAUGGCAAGACUGGUGGUGUCUAGAAUAUAAGGGUUUUUGUCUUUUUUUGCCUUUUUAACUAUUGUU